GAUGGCGGUAUUUGAUGAAUGGAUUCUGUCGGCGCUACAUGUAGUAUUGGAUUGGCCAGGUAAAACAGAUGUGUGUGCCGAGACACAGGAAGUUGAUUAUCUGUGAUACAUGUGGAUGCUACCGGCUUCCAUUGUCCACGAAGAUCUAAACUAUUCCAUGGCGCACAUGGCCGACACUGCCUGUAAGCCGACAUUAUAAACCGACGAGUCACCAACAAAAUACUUGUAGCCGCGCAAAGGCAGAUCCCGCGUGUAUUCGGUGGUCUGGUUGCCUAGGGCGACGCGUGAACACGUGCGGAGCUUCGUAGCGGGUGGAGAAGCGCAUACGGACACCACACGACUCCCGGGUCCCAUAGGGGAGGCUUAAUGAAAUUACACGAGCACUAGUUGAAUUAGAGUGCCCGUGAAUAAUUCACGACGGUCUUCGAUUAUUGGCCUUAUCUGGCGACCUGGCUGUAACGAUACACGUGCGAUAAAACAACGGCUGUAAUUAAACAGAUCAAGGGACGAUAACAUGUUAGAAGGUGAGAUGAAAAGCCGAUUAUUCUAAGCGCAUCUCCUGGCACAUCACUCCAUGGGCACGAAAUGUUUCCCUCCUAGAGUGAACGCCCAGACUCCAGCAGCUAGACACAGCUUGACGUUGAUAACCACAGACACGGAUGUCUGGAUCUAAAAUCCUUAAAUCACACGUCAGGACAAUUUUCUUACAUUUAGUGCGGAACAUCAUUAAAGUUUCUCAGGACGGGGGCUAGACUUUUAUGGACUGUUAAAACAUGAAGACAAACACGAUUUACUCUGUCUUUUAAUUUCGAUUUUGGCGAGCACGUAAAGACUACUGCUAGACUUGAUGGGAUGUUACAGGCUCGCAUCUGUGACGAAAUAAACGAGCGAGUUCAAUAUUUCACCAGCUCGGUAAAUACAAGGACGUCGGGGAAAACAAUUAACACAGUCGAUUUUACUUGAAUGGAAAUAUCCAGUGUCUUUCUAGAUUACAAAACGACAACAUAUAUACGGGAUAUGGGACCGCAAAAUAAUGGAAUAAAUGUAUUGUCUUUUGAGACACUAGAGUCUUACACACGAACGCCACGUGUCGCUGGUGAUAAUUGAAUAUCGGUGCCUUAAUUGAGAAUGGUGAACAUACUCGGGGAAAACUGAAUCAUUUUCAUAUCAAUUAGAAGUUAAGAUGAACUAAUGAAUCGUGUGAAAACAGGCUACAUGUGGCUAAAUUUAAAGGUCACAUAGAGAAAAACAAAUCAAAAUUACUGAGUUAUUUUCUCGUGUGUUAUAAAAAAUAUUGAGAAUGUGGAUACACUACCAGAAUGCAAAAUAAUGAAAUGGAUUACUGAGGCGUUGUUUCUGUGAGCGUUUGUGUAAUUCCAGGAAAACGGUAUCGAAAUCAAUCAUAAGAAGACAUGACAUAGAGUAUUAAUUACUGUGCGAAAAAAACGAGUCCCGCACUUCUUUCCUGGGCGGAGGAGCGCGGUUCCUGGUGGUCACGGGAUAAUAGCUGGAGUGAAAUAUGAACAACAUGAGAAUUGUCAAUCAGUGUUAGCGUGGCCAGGGUAAUUGGGAAAUUGUGACAGAGCAGGGUGGCUAUUGUCGUGAACUCCUGGAAUCACUUGUGGCUGUCAUUGUGCCAGAUUACUGUCCCCCGGGGUUAGGAUAGAGAUUUUAAUGCUACUGAACAUAGUUUUUAGUGACCAGUUGUCUCAGCGCCCGACUGUUAAGUGGAGGAAUUGGGGGAGAAAAUUGUUUGGGGCCAGUUUGAAGUUAUAUUGAUACGGUAAGGACAAUAUGGAGAGCAUUUGGUCAGCAAUCUUAUUGAAUCUUUUCAUUUGAGGUUGUUAUAAAUAAACAAAAUAUUAAUGAAAGAAAAUACAGUUUGAAGACAAGUGUAAAAGAGAUACGCGGAUUAUAAAUCCUGGCACAUCACAGAGAAUAGUUAAAUCGAUUUGAAACCACUUCAUUAUUAUUUCAUGUGAAAUACGUCAUAUAUAUCCAUGCUAAAGUCUAAAUAUCAAAGGAGACAUUAUCAUGUCAGUUAUAUAAAUUGUGCACGUCGAUGCAUCUUUAGUGGAACCUCAUAUUGGUUAAAUACUCACUAUAUUUCAACGCAUGUGUUAUUGCUUUAUUAAACGUCGCUUCGCAACAACAUUGCAUAUAUCUUCCGAUGACAUGUUGCAAUGCCAAUGGCAGAACUAGUGUAACGUAACUGGCGGCCCCGAGCGACAAGAAGGCCAGAACGUGCUAUGCGCGCGCAGACAUGCUGGAGAGCGGUCACGGUGUCACGUGGCUAGUCGUUUCCCCUCUAGCCGUGGUUACAGAUGUUCUUGCCAUCAUCGUCAUAUCGCACUACUUUCCGUAUUUUCACGGAACAGACGUCGCGCUCAUCUCGGUAGUUUCCGCCAUGAUCGGGAACGUCGUGCUUACGUUACCGAUUCCAGCGUACCUGGGCGUCAGAACACUACAGUGGAGUCCGUAUGUUUGUGAUGGAUUUACGUGGGGAGUUAUUACAUUCAGAAUCGCUCAAGUGUUGAGUUUACUGGUGAUGAGCAUUCACUGGUCAACGUUAUUAAAACUUUCAGCACAGAAGAAACGUUAUGUGUCGACAAAAUAUUUAAAAUUUACUGUAUUCUUUGUGUGGAUGUCCGCCGCCAUAUUCGGGAUUCUACCUUUAAUCGGUGCUGUAGACGACACUUAUAACAACAACGGCAAUUGCCACUUCCUUCCUUUCUCCCUGGGGACCGGGUACUGCAUGCUGUUUAUCGUUCUUAUUUUAUUGGCAAUGCUCGUCUCCCUCAUCUGCUGUAUUGACGCCAUGGUGCUCAUCAAACACAUGGCCGCCAUCGCCGACCAGAAAUACCAGGAACCAGGCCGCUUUCGGUUGCCCACCGACAAACCGGAAGUGACACUCCACGGCGGAAGUGGCGUGUCCGACAGGCAGCAGCGACUCCAAUUUGCUUGGGAUCUGAGUAAAUUUUCGACCAUCUUCAUAGCUUUGGCAUUCGCUAUGGAUCACUUGCCUUUUACGGUCAUACAGGGUAUACAGCUCUUCAGUAAGGCCGACACAGCGCUGUUGGAAGUCGUCUCCCUUUAUCUUACCGGCGCGCAGGCUCUCCUUUUACCGCACGUGCUCUGGUUGCUAAGCAACCGCUACCGGCAUGCGCUCGCAUACCAGUGGCGCGUGCACGUGCUGAGGGACAAGAACGCCGAGGAAUUCGAGCCAAUAGCCUGUAUCCUCCAGUCCUACAUCUCCCGAGAGCGGGGCCGGCUCUCAUUGCCUUCCUCUAGACCUGCUUCCGCCGCCGGACGCAGCAUCUCCGGCACCCUCCGAUCAACCAAAUCGGAAGUGCUAGUCCGCGCCCAGCUUCACAUAAACGGGCAUGGCCGAGAGUCUCCGAUGACGGUUACGCGGGACGCAACCGGUAUGACUUCACUCUCUACCACGCCCGUAAAUGGUGUCAUCACGAGCGAUGUUCACAUAGAACGUCCACCCUCCUUAUACGAUGAGCGUCCCAUUGAUGUUGGCGACUUGUCUGCUCAAGUACACGGUAGUUUCCGGGGCUACAACUCUGACAUAGAAAUCCGUCCCUCCUCAAACAAUGACAGAAACAAGGGGGACGUGCGGAGAUCUGUUUCAAGCGCUUCAAAAGACAAUCCAAAAAUUGUACGUAAAAAACAUUUACCACCGAUAUUCAUAAACGAGGGUUACGAGGCCAAUGACAAAUCGCCGUCGGAUGAAACUGUUACAACAAAAACUGCCAUUCGUAGGGGAAUGAAAUCAAAUGUAAGCGGAAAUUCCCUCCAUUUCUACAUGUCCAGUGAUUACCACCCGGACUUUCUGACAGACAGCCUGCCACACCGAAAGAUGGCUAACGCGCACGCGCAGUCGUUCGAGAGCGACAAUGGAGAAAGAUACAGCUGUGAAGAUAUUGAUGACGUCUUAAAGACUGAUGAGGUAAAUCUUUCAGAACAAUUUGAUGAACGAAUGGAGAGGAAUGGCAGUGUUAAGUUUAAGACAUUUAAAGGAAGUCCAGCUUCUGGUGAAAAAGGAGCAAAAGUUAACAAGGGAAUGUAUGGGACCUUUCAAGAUCUGAGUAAAAUGGAUUUAAAAAACGAAGAAGAGAUCGAGUUUGAUAACGAAUCAAUUUCGAUUGAUGAAAUUGGUAAUGUACCCGAGACUGUUGUUAUAGACAGGGACCCGUCCGGCUUUCCACAGGUGAUAUAUGAAACACAGACACAUGCGUUGUUAAGUUUUAAACCGAAGCCUUCACAGGAAACGAGAACAUCCGAACACCAAAAUAGUGUAGAAGACACUGAAUCAAGCGAUGAGGUGUUUAUUACUCCAAUAUUUGAUAAGAAUAGACGUAUUUUGAGAAGUAGAGACAGUAAUACAAAAGAUGGUCACCCCUAUGCAUGUAUAACAACCCCAAACAGUGUCCAUACCGUUACAUAUCAAAACUUGCCAUACACAGGUAGUAGUGUGCUAAAAUCAGAGGUAACAAAUGUUAAAGAUACAAGUGAAAUGCGUGUCUCAAGUACAGACAUUGUCAGAAUGGAUAGUGACAAUUCUAGGGCUUCCGAGCUCAAAAAUAUAAAUAGUAUAAAGAAAGACAAUUAUAAGCAGGCUGGAAGUGGUAAAGAUGACCAAGAAAGCGGCAGUUUUAUGAACGCCCAGCCGUACAAAGGCGAUAUCUCCCUUGACGACGAGAACGCCAGCUCGGGGUCCGGAAGUAGCGUCACUAUCAGCCCAUACAAAGAGGCAGCGCGUCGGAAACCGUGGAUGGAAGAUUUCGAUGAACCGGUCGAGGAUUUUGAACCUCUAGUGGAGGAUUCGGACACAGACACGUUUCGGACAUCGUUGGACAGCGCAGAUUUACGGAGCAUGGAGUUAAGAAAUUACGACACUAAGUAUCCUGGAUCGCUCCAUGAUGAUUUGUCAACUCCAGUCUCGUCUUUAUUUGACGAGGAGACGGACAGAGGAUUCGAAGAAGCCCUAGAUUUACAUGUAAACACCGGCACCAUGGUGUAUGGUGGGAUGGGGCUGUGUUUUGAAUCCAUCAAAGAGGAACCAGAGGACCUGACUAGUUCCGGUUCAAACCCGUUUUUGGAGAACGGGUCCGACCAUGAUGAAUUUAAGACUCGUGCUGUGAUAUCAAGGAGUUCUAAAUCAGAUUCCCGAACGUCCAGUUGUACCAGCCUCAGUGACAAUCCAUUUUCUAGUAGCCCAGUUAGUUCUAAAUCAAACACAUUACAGCGGAAACCGGAUCAUCCACGCGUCCCUUUGAUCGUAACAACGGACGCAGACUACGGCGAUUCUGGAUUCACAUCCGGACUAGAGAAAGGGAAUGCAAGCGACUCCUCCGGCCAUCAGAAAGUUAUGUCACGGAGUCACGUGGUCAGCCCUUGGCCUGAGGAAACAACGGCUUUUAACCGUGGAAACUGGUCAUUUGAAUCUGACUUUAGUGCUGACCAGUCGCUCACACGCAGUGUUACCAGUACGCCUAAAAUACCCUCGGAGCGAACUUUUCCCAAUGACUUCGGGGAUGCCGGUGGGUUUAUGACUGAUAUUACAACUCCAUUGCAGUAUGAUAUUCAAGCAAGUGCCAAUAAAAUUUCUGACUCAGAGUCAGGACAAGAUAAACAAUACCCAGACGACUCAACGACAACCGUUGUGCCAAGCGCUGACACCAGAAAACCUGUACAUCCAGCACUGGCAGCCAUCCGGUCCGGCGGCCGCCCAUUGCCGCUCCGAGUUCGGUCCCUUGAGAGGUCGUCACCAGUUCCCACUCGCAGGCUACCGAGGCGAGGCCACUCUUUUGAGAUGCAGCGGCCGGACUUUAAACCCGCUUACUUCUGAGAUAUUAUCUAAAUGAUAAUUAUCACGCAGUUUAUUUGUUGACUGAAUGGCCUGACCGUAAAUCAAUGUUCAUUAGACAUUAUAUGUAUUGACGUGCAACUAUCAUGAAUGUGAUGCAGCCAAAAACACGAUAAAAUACUCCUUUUUAAAGAAUUUACUAAUAUUAAUUAAGGUAGUUUCUUAGCAAUUUGGAAGGAAUUUGAAUGUCUUUUAUGUUUAUUACCAGUCUUAUA